UUCGCCUUUGGCCUCAGCAGCAUAAACGCGAUGAAUAUCGCAGGCGGCUCAUUCAUGUGUGAGCCUCACAGCGACCGAGCGACUGACUGCACACACUUGACUCCACAAACGGGGACAAUGCCAGGGAAUCACUGGGGAUAUGGAAAAGAGGACGGCCCUUCUGUGUGGCACGAGAACUUCCCCGUGGCUCAGGGGAUGCGUCAGUCUCCCAUAGACAUCGUCCCUCAGAAGGCUCCACAUGACCCCAGUCUGGGCCCCAUCUUCCUCCACUACGACCAGUGCACGUCCCUCAAAAUCACCAACAAUGGACACUCUUUUGUCGUUGAGUUUGAAGACAUGGACGAUCGUUCAGUGAUCCACGGCGGCCCUCUGGAGAAUCCCUACAGACUCAAACAGUUUCACUUCCACUGGGGCGAAAAGGGUUGCCAAGGCUCCGAGCACACUGUGGCAGGAAACAGCUAUGACUCUGAGUUGCAUUUAGUUCACUGGAACGCAGUCAAGUACAAGACGUUUGGGGAGGCGGCAGAAGCCCCCGACGGCCUCGCUGUCCUCGGCAUCUUUCUAGACACGGGCGACGACCACAGAUGGCUCCACAUGAUCACAGACGCUCUGUACAUGGUGAAGUUUAAGGGCAGCUGCACUGAUUUCAAAGGUUUCAACCCCAAGUGCCUGCUACCCAGCAGCCUCCACUACUGGACCUACCUGGGAUCACUGACCACUCCCCCGCUACAUGAGAGCGUCAUCUGGAUUGUCCUGAAGGAGCCGAUCAUAGUGUCUGAUAAACAGCUGGGCAAGUUUCGCCUGCUGCAGUUCAGUGGAGAGGAAGAGGAACAGAGGACUCGCAUGGAAAAUAACUUCAGGCCUCCGCAGCCUCUCAAAGGACGGAAAGUGCGUUCCUCCAAUUAACGUGACCUCAGCAAAUCUGAAGUCAAAGAAUUAAGUCGAUGCAUAAAACAAAACGGUGGAUGCAAUCAGUUGAGUGUCAUUUCUGCUUUUGUUUAAACUUGCCGGCAGUUUAUGGAAAAUUAAAAGUAACAUUUUGCGGUCGUAGGACAACAAAUGAGAUCUUCCUGUAGCACUGUAGUGGACUGUACUGGUUUUUGCAUACUGGUCUGCAGAUUCAAGGCCUCAGUCUCCUUAACUGAUCCCAGCUCAUCCCUUGUUGAUCUGGUGGAUUCACGGUCCCUCUCUAGAGCUCGUGGUGGACUGGGAUUAGAGCUGCAGUUGCUUAAACUGGUCUGUUUGGACACAAGAGCUCAAGGGACAAGGGCGAUCCCCCCAGAUUUGACAAACUAUUUCUUUAAAUAACUUUGACUAAAAACUUCAUUGAACUUCCAUGGAACACAGAAACUUACUCUUUAGGACCUUCAGUCCUAAAAAGUGCAUCCAUUGCUUUGGUCACAUUUCAGUUUUUUUUUUUACUUCCGAGGAAAACUAAAUAUGCACAGUCCAGUUCAGUUCAUGCCCGAGCGAGGCCCCGCUGUCUGAUCUGGAUGAGUUACUGUCACUUCGUGUAACGCUGCUCCUCAUUUAGAUGGACUUUGGAUUGUUUUUUUUUUAACUAAUGCCGAGUUAUGGCAGGGAUGAACUUCCUGUGCAACAAAUCUCACACGAAUACUUAUGUGCAUCGGGGCAUGAUUGUUUUAUGUUAUUGACGUAGGAGGAACGACACUAAAAUGUAAUUUAUGGGUGGUGUGAAUAUUUUUGUAAUGUAUUAAAAGAGGUCAUGUUUGCCGAAUUGAAUAAAAGUUUAAAUUCUG